UUAUUUUGAGCAAGUAUUGUGUCGAAGUAGAGGACGAAAUUGACCUUAUUCCUUUCCUUUAUAUAAGAUUGGGGGGAAACACACAGAAAAUCUUUGCAAAACCCUGGGAGUUUAGCUAGGAGGGUUUUAUUUGUUGCUUCGGCGGUGAAAGAUCUCGUCCGUGUCCCUCUGUCUGUGUGUGUCUUCCUAUCUCGUUUAUGUAUAAAUAGUUAUUAAUUUUUAUAUGCCAAAAGCCCAGAUCGCAGGGACAGUAAACUUAAACCCUAGCCUUUUAGCAUUUAGGCCUCGCCAAGUCGUUUUACUCUGUAAGCGUCCAAGCAUGAAGCAAAACGACGGCACUAACAACAACAAAACCCUAAUUCUGAAGCCCGAGCAGAAAGCUCUUCUCUUUCACUCCAUAGCCAAGUAUCUUGAAUGCAGUGGCUUUUCCAAAACUCUUAAGAAGUUUCGUUCAGAAGCCAAACUCGAGAAAGAUGAUUUGGAGAAUUCCUCAUUUGAUUUGGAAGAGAUGUUCUGCAAGUUUUUGGAAAUGGGUAAUCAAGUCAGCAAAAACUUCAAGAGCGAGAAGGUGCAAGAAGCUGACAUCAUUUCUGGAAGAGGUGGAGAGGAUGACAGAAAGAAAAAGAACAGUGAUAAGAGUACUAGUGGUAAACCUAUUGGUUCUAAUAAUGAUGAUGAGGUCAUGAUGCAAGAUUCAGUACCUAUAGGUGUAAAAUCUAAAGACAAAAGGAAAGGCAAAAAAAAUUCAAGUUCUCUUGAACAAGAAGAACAAGUCAGCACAAAGGCUUUGCAUGACCCUGCUGAUGUUGCAAAAUGGAAGGACAAAAAGAAGAAAUGCAACUUAAAUGUUGAAUCUCUUACCAAUAACAAUAUACAUAAUCCAUCAGAAUCACUGUGUGGAACAACUGAAGAAAACACUAAGAACGUAGUGUUUGUAGAGGGCAAAAAAGUAACUGACUCUGUGACAGAUAAUAAAUCAAAGGAUAAGAAAAGGAAGAAAGACAAGCUGUCUUCCGAUCAUGUUGAUGAUAAAGAAAAAACAAAUAAUAUUGAUUCUACAAAAGAUGAUUUAAGGACUCCAAAGGAGCAUUUAACUGACAAAGAGAGUAAAGGUUCCAAAAAAAGAAAAAGAAUGGCUUCUGAAGAAGAUGCUGUUCAAGCUGCUGAUGCAAAGCAACUUGAAGAAUCCAAACAUAGAAGGACAGAAGAAUCUAAACGAAGAAAGACUGAAGGUUCCAAGGAACCAAAGAUAAGUGAGCAAUCUACAGAGUUAAAUUCUGCCAGCAGAACUGAAGAAAAAGGUCAGAAAGAAGAAAGCAGCCAAGUUGGUUUUGUUGAGUCCCAAAAAAGAUCAUCUAAACAGAUUAAUGGGCAGUCAAAUGGGAUCCUUGAGGAAAAUGGGGAGAAAUCAGCCUCGCAGAAAACCAUAAAAAGGCAACAGAAUGGUUCGGCUGAGCCAAAGACAGUUAAGUAUUUUCAGAGAGUAAAAGUGGAUGAAGUGGUUUUCUCUGAUGGAAGGCUUAAAGAUAAUUCAUAUUGGGCAAAGGAUGGUGCUGAGAGUGGUUAUGGUGCAAAGGCCCAAGAAGUUCUUGGGCAAGUUAGAGGAAGGGAUUUUAGGCAUGAAAAGACAAAGAAGAAGCGGGGGACAUACAGAGGAGGACAGAUUGAUUUGCAUUCUCAUUCUGUUAAGUUCAACUAUUCGGAUGAUGAAUGAUUGGAGACCUCCUUUCGGCUGAUUUUUUUGUUGUCAUGGAUGAAUAUGGUAAUUUUUUGCAAUACAAAUUUUUGCCUAUUGGGUUUUGUAUUUUUUUGUCAAUGUGACGACCUUUUCCCAUUAUUAAAAAGAACUUUUCAGUCAACUGAUUUGUUUAUGACAUAAUUUUGUCUUUCAGAUUUGUUGUGGUUACACUA